CCAGCAUCAUGGCUCAACUACAAAUCCCACCAGUGACUCCAAACGACCUCCAAACCUUCCAAGCCAAGCAUUUCCUCGGCCACCGAACACCAGCAUGUGACACCCCGACUGCUCCAGCCGAAGAUGCUUACUACUCGUACGAAGAAGAAGAAUACUAUGAUGACGAUACCGAACAUCUCGGGCGCUACCCUGACGGCGUAAAACGUACUCUCACAGAGGAGCAGAUUAGGAUAUUUCGGCAUAGUGAGAUACACGCCAUACUGCGCGAGAGACAGUUAAGAGAAGAGGAGGCGGAGUAUGAGGGCUCUGAUGAGCAGGCUCAGGGUCCGGCUCAGACUGGGAAUGCGAAGCGGAAGCGUGGGGACGGAGAUAAUGAUGAGGGCGGGUUGAAGCGGGUCGGUUCGAAGCUGACCGAGUCGGCUGAUAUCGGUUCUGGGACGACGGCACUGGAUUAUGAUGAUGAGCAGGAAUCUCGUGGGAUUCGGAGACCUGCCGCCAGUGCUCCGUUUGCUGGACGGAGGAUUAUUUCGUAUGAGGAUUGAGAAGUUGGUUUUCAAGGAUAUUCAUCACUGCUGGUGUCUUGCUCAUGAAGUAUAGUCACAGCAUACGACUCUCCGGAAUAAAACACCGCUGCGUAUAUCGCCUGAUCCUAUCAAGAACUGACGUUAUGAAAAUAGGCCCUUGAUAAGCAAGCUCCGUGUCUGGCGUCUGGGAAUACAGGCCCGAUCAUCGCGGUCCCGAAAAUAAGCGACUUGCGCUGUUUUUGCUCACGUUAUGACCUCACCGCCCCCCCCAG